GCCGCCCGGAGCCCUGACUCAGCAUGGAUGCCGUGGACGCCACCAUGGAGAAGCUUCGGGCACAGUGCCUGUCUCGAGGGGUCUCGGGCAUCCACUGCCUGGCCAGGUUUUUCCGCCGCCUGGAUCAGCACGGGAGCCGAUCCCUGGAUGUGGGGGAGUUCCAGCGGGGCCUGGCCAAGCUGGGGCUGGCGCUGGCCACGGCUGAGGUGGAAGGCAUCUGCAGACGCUGGGAUCGCGAUGGCAGCGGGACGCUGGACCUGGAGGAGUUUCUACGGGCGCUCCGGCCCCCCAUGUCACAGGCCCGUGAGGCAGUCAUUGCAGCUGCCUUUGCCAAGCUGGACCGCAGUGGGGACGGCGUGGUGACCGUGGAGGACCUCCGGGGGGUGUACAGCGGAAGUGCCCAUCCCAAGGUGCGGAGUGGGGAGUGGACGGAAGAGCAAGUGCUUCGCCAAUUUCUGGACAACUUUGACUCUUCAGAGAAGGAUGGGCAGGUCACACUGGCUGAAUUCCAGGACUACUACAGCGGUGUGAGCGCCUCCAUGGACACAGACGACGAGUUUGUGGCCAUGAUGACCAGUGCCUGGCGGCUGUGAGCAUCACACCCCUUAGAUGUCUCCACUGUAGUUGUAGGACGCCCCCCCCCACCCAACCCCAGCACCCUUGAGCCGGGGCCCCUCUCACCUGGGCUGUGAGCCGGGCAAUACUGGGGCUGUAGAACUGACUGGACCUGAUCUGGAGGACGGUGCUCAGCCACCAGGUGAGAGGUUCCAACAGCGGGCCACUGGCUCAGGCCCCUAGAGAGCAGGGCCCUUGCAAGCCCAAGUCUCAUGCUGUGGCACAUGCUCCCCACCCCUCCUCUGAUCUGCUCAGUGGACCCUUGGCCCUGCCAGCAACUCUCACCCCUGCCCCUCCCUGUGAGGCCUCCAGGAACCGAGGUGGCCCUGGGUGGGGCAACAAAUGGCUGUUGAGUGAAGCAGGGCCCCGCACAAGGCAGCCAUUCUUGAAGGGCAGGCGAGUUUGGUCACCUGCCCAGGCGUGGCAUAUGGGGCGGGGGCCAGGGGCCCACAGGGAGGCCAGGCUGCUGGGGACCUCGCCCUAGGAGGCGGAGGUGGUUCUUGGCCAGGCUGUGCAGCUUCCUGAGGCCCCUGGGGCAUGCAGGAGGCCAACAUUUUAGUUAAAAGUUUUAAUGUAGUUCCCAAAUACAUUUCAUAUGACAAUCUUACAUAAAUGUUCCAAAACACAUGGGC